CUUCCGGCCCCCUCACUUAACUUGGUGCAGAUGCCAGGCCUACGCUACCCGGGUCAAUUGCUUCUUUGGGGCGAGUCUAGACAGCUAGAGUCCAACUCGCUUUGAACUGAUUGGCGUGGCCCGCGGAACAGGAAUGUCAGCCAGCCCAUUAGCCCCGGCGGGGAGGCUCCUGGGCCUGCGGCCAUAGGCCAGGGCGAGGGGCGGGAGAGGGGCGCGGCGAAGGGGAGCAGAGCUUGCUGUAAAUAGCGCGCCAACAGGGUGCACCCUGCGCGGCUGCUCUUGUCCAGACCUGCCUCCCAGAUUAGCUCCCGACCAGAACCUGCAUGUCACCUCCAGCCAGAGGGUUGAAGACACGCUUUCCUUUUCUCCAGAAAGGAUCACUCUGGUGGCUUCUGCAGAGUGGAGAGCUAGGAAGCAGUACGUGUCCAUUCGGUUUCCUAGUCUCUGACCACUGAAGAAGGUGCUGAGUGCUCGGGUAUCUGGGACAUGAACUACGCAAGGUUCAUCACAGCCGCAAGUGCUGCCAGAAAGCCUUCUCCCAUCCGAAUCCUCACUGAGUUAUUGAACAGUUCACCAAAAUCUGUCAUCUCCUUGGCUACUGGAGCACCAAAUCCAACCACCUUCCCUUUUAAGUCUGCUGUUAUCACCACAGAAAAUGGGAAGACCAUCCAAUUUAAGGAAGAGGUGAUGAAGCGAGCACUUCAGUACUCUCAAAGUGCUGGAAUACCAGAGCUAGUGUCCUGGCUAAAACACUUACAGAUAAAAUUACAUAAUCCUCCCACCGCCCACUAUCCACCCAAUAAAGGACAAAUGGACAUUUGUGUUACAGCUGGGAGCCAAGAUGGCCUUUGUAAGGUGUUUGAAAUGUUAGUCAAUCCCGGAGAUAAUAUCCUCCUAAGUGAGCCUGCUUAUCCAGGGACACUUGAGGCUCUACAUCCAUUGGGCUGCAACCUUAUUAAUGUUUCCAGUGACAAGUAUGGGAUUAUUCCAAACUCCCUCAAAGAAAUACUUUCUAAAUGGAAACCUGAAGAUUCCAAGAACCCUGAGAAAAAUACCCCCAAAUUUAUUUAUACUGUUCCAAAUGGCAACAACCCUACUGGAAACUCAUUUACAAUUGAUCGCAAAAAGGAAAUCUAUGAGCUUGCAAGAAAAUAUGAUUUCCUCAUAAUAGAAGAUGAUCCUUAUUAUUUUCUCCAGUUCAACAAGCCAUGGGUGCCAACAUUUCUUUCCAUGGAUGUUGAUGGACGUGUCAUCAGGGCUGACUCUUUUUCAAAAGUCCUCUCCUCGGGACUGAGAGUAGGGUUUCUAACUGGUCCAAAACCCUUAAUCGAGAGAGUUGUUUUACACACACAAGUUUCGACAGUACACUCUAGCACAUUUGCACAGCUUCUUAUAUUACAGCUUCUACAUCAAUGGGGUGAAGAGGGCUUCAUGGCUCACAUACAGAGAGUUAUUGACUUCUAUAGGCUUCAGAAGGAUGCCUUAAUUGUAGCUGCAGACAAGUGGUUAAGUGGUUUGGCAGAAUGGCAUGAACCAACUGCUGGAAUGUUUCUAUGGGUUAAAAUUAAUGGCAUUUCUGAUGCAAAACAACUGAUUGAAGAAAAAGCCAUCAAGAAAGAGGUUUUAAUGGUUCCUGGAAAUGCUUUCUACAUUGAUAGCUCAGCCCCAAGCCCUUACUUUAGAGCAGCAUUCUCUUUGGCUUCUCCAGAACAGAUGGAUGUGGCUUUCCAACGAUUAGCCCAACUUAUAAAAGAAUCCUUAUGAAGAAAUUAAAGUCAAAACAUAGCACACCCAAAUUUUUCAGAUAAACUGUGUCCUUGUUUUAGCAGGGAAAAAAAGGUGACUGAUAUUAGACUUACAGAUUGCACUUCAUCAAGUACACGAUAUCUGCAGUAAUUGGACCACAUAUCUUUUAAAGUACCUUCAAAUUGGGAGCAGGCAGUAGCAUGACCAGUUAGGCACAUAUAGUACUUAGCACAAAAACCUGCCCAAGAAUCUGGGUUUGAGCCCCCAGCUCCCCACCAGCAAGGGAAGGGCAAAGCUUCAUAAGCUGCAGAGCAAGUCUGCAGAUGUCUUUCUCUUCCUCUCUAUAUCCCCCUCCUCUCUCAAUUUGUCUCUGUCCUACUCAAUAAAAUGGGAAAAGUGGCUGCCAGGAGCAGUGGAUUCAUAGUGCCAACACUGAGCCCCAGCAAUAACCCUGGAGGCAAAAAAUAAAUAAUAAUAAUAAAGUACCUUUAAAUCCAUCAGACUGUUAAAUCUACAUAUUAUCCUUUUGCUAAAUUUUUAAUCUAUUAAAGAUUAUUCUUAGCCUGAACUUUAUUGUCCAGAAUUCUGUAAUUGUUUUGAAAGUUCCGAUAUUCUUAGAAACUAACAUUUUACCAUAAUUUAAAAAAUGUAAGUAAAUGUUUCAAAAUCCUGUGUGCGCAUAUGUGUGUGUGUGUGUGUGUGUGUGUGUGUGUGUGUGUGUGAUUUUCCAAUUUUAAGGAAAUAUUAUGGAUGAGGGAAGACAAAAUAAAUAAACUGAUUAAUUGUACUGUUUUACAUAUAUGAUAAGUGUUAGAAAGAAAAUAAUUACUUAUAUAUAGCUGUGUCUUAUAGAGUAAUGCCACUGGUUGCUUCUGUUUUCCCUGAUCUAAGCUUUUAGGAGAGUCGACAUUUCAAAGACUCAGCCUAUGGUCUGUGCAUUAAAAAGUUCGAGACAUUCAAUCCUAUGGUUUUUGUCAAUGUUUCCUUUUUAUAAAUAAUUUUUUUUUAAA